AUGUUCCAAGACUGCUUCGAAGGCGCCUCCUUCUGGUCCCCCUUCUACUCCCCCUCCGAGAACCUCGUCUUCGACUCCCACGUCUACUACUUGGCCGCCGCAGGCACCUACGCCAACUACGUCAACCCCGCCGUCUGCGGGCAAGCCGCGUACAUCGCCGCCGAGAAAAAAUUCCCCGUGUUUAUUGGCGAGUGGAGUUUGCAGACGAUGUAUAAUAAUACGUUUGCGGCGAGGGAGACGACUUUUGAGACGCAGAGGUAUGCGUGGCAGAGUUAUGCCAUCUUCAUCUCAUGA